AUGGCAUCAAAUGAAACCAAACCGGCAAUGGCAGAGCGCUCCAAAGCCGAAGGAUCCAAAGACGUCUUCGAGGAUAAACACAAUGCAGCUGACCCGGCCCUGUCAACCACGCAAACGCUACCCAGUUCUUCUGGUGUUUUAGCUAAGCUAGAGCAGGAAUCCUUAGCUGGCCAAGAGUAUGCUGCACGACAGAAGAAGAGAUUGGAAGAGGCACUGGCAAAACUGGAGAAGAACAGGGUCAGACGGGAAAAAUACGCACUCAAAAGACAAGCACUCAAAAAGCAACAAGAGAAAGAGAAAGAAAAGGCGCGAGCAGAAGCUUCGGAAGCACAGUCAGUCGGACCCCAGGCCUACGGAAAGUUGGCACCUCAGGUCAGAGAAGGAGCUGAAGAAAGCGAGAAACGAAGCAAAUGA